AUGGCGACUCUCGAUCAACUACCCGCUGAGAUCAUCAUCCAAAUCCACAAUGGCCUCGGUCAAGCAGAUCUCAACGCCAUUUCUCAAACAUGCCGCUCACUCUACAACCCUUCCAACCCGUGCCUGUACCGCUUCAACAAGGACCGUAGGAAGGGCUCUGCGCUAAGAUGGGCGGCUGGACACGGUCUUAUUCGUACCCUUCAGCACUGUAUAGCUGCCGGCCACGACGUCACCGACUCGCAAUGGGAACUGCUGCACUACGCUGCCAUGAGCAGGCGCAUAGACAUGGUCCGGUUCUUGCUGACGCUCGACGGGAUCGAUGCGAACCAAAAGGACGAGUCCCACUGGACCCCCAUAUUCUAUGCUUGUCGGAGUAAUGCCGCCGAUGUUGUCGAGGCUCUCCUAGAGCACGGCGUCGAUGGCGCUGCAUCUGGUCUCGAAGGCUGGACGCCUCUCAGCAUCGCCGCGUGCUUCGACAGCUGCGAAGUCGCCCGAGUCCUGAUUGCACACGGAGUGCCGCUGAACGCGCAGAGUGAGAAUGAAUCCACGGCGCUUAAGGCGGCAUCUAGAGGCUGUUUCCCUGCUGUCGCUCAAGUGUUGCUCGAGGCCGGUGCUGACCCUAACAUCCCUGCCUUUGGCGGCUGGGUGCCUCUGCAUUCUGCCGCCAAAUUUGGCUGCCUACCACUUGCUGAACUUCUGCUCAGACACAAUGCCGAAGUUGAAAUGCGCCAAGAGCGAGGAUACACCCCUCUGGCGCUCGCGGCGGAAACGGAGUCGGUGCCGCUGAUUGAACUUCUCCUUAAGCACGGCGCUGAUGUAAACACGGUCACCAGUGGUGGCUGGUCACCGCUAUGCCUUGCCGCCGACAUUGGCAACGAACAAGUUGUGAGGACGCUCCUGGCACACGGGGCAAAUCCGGCCUUUGCCAUUGCCAACGAGUGGUCGGCCCUUAAUUUUGCCACCUACAACGGCAAGAUGAAGGUUGUUGAUGUCCUGCUGGAAUAUGGUGCGCUUCCUGAUGGCUGCAAGGGUGUCAGCCGGAACACAAUUGUCAACGCCAUAGAUAAGGGCCGAUUGGAAAUUGCCAAGAAGCUCUUGUCCCACGGGGCGCGGAUUGACGUCAGGAGUGACCGGGGGGAGACGCCUCUAAUGAGAGCUGUCAGGACGCACAAGACGGACUUUGUGCAGCUGCUCCUCGAGCACGGGGCCAAUGCAAACUCUCAAAACGUCAAAGGAUGGACUCCGCUCAUCGCGGCUGCGCACGAAGGCCACAGUAAGGCGAUUGAGCUACUGCUACAAGCUUCCGGCAGUAACGUCAACUAUUCCGACACGGACGACCGGACUGCCCUGAUUCAUGCUUGCAUGCGCGGCAACGGCGAUGUCGUCACCAUUCUGCUAGGGAAUUACCCCGUGAACCUGACCUGUCGAGAUACCUGGGGCUCGACCGCGCUCUCGAUGGCGGUGCGCAACGGCCAAGUCGCCAUCGCCUCGGCACUUUUGUCGCGCCUCACGCCAGAGCAGGUGGACAAGGACGAAGAUGAGCUGGGCCGUUCCGUCUACUACUGGGCCACGCACUGCGGAAACACGGAAAUGCUCGAUGUCCUCAGGGACUACUGCACGACACACGGCCUAACACCGGCCGUCGGCUUGCAGUACUUGGCGAGCGGAUCCUGCCGCUUUUCCCAGAAGGAGUGCUGGUGCGACGUCUGCGGGCAGUGCAACGUCCACGGAAAGGACACGCGGGCGUGCAAAGUCUGCGAUGAGGGCGAGUUCCUCAUCUGCGCUCACUGUCGGGGCCUGGAGGCGUUGUGUAGGGGGAGGGAGCACACCUGGGAGUCGUAUACCUGCGACGAGGACGCGUAUUAG